UUGCGAUGCAGCGGUUCCCGAGCCCGAUGAAGGUCGAGCCCAAGGCAACGCCGUCGCUCGAGGAUGGCGACGUCGAGCACUUCUCCGUCGGCGCCUUCCAGCGCGCCAUCACCGAGAACGACCUCGAGAUUGCGGUCAAGGAGCUCAACAAGUGCCAUGGCAAGGCCGACGAGCUGGCGCGCGUCUACAAUGGCAUUGGCUCGGACGCCGACGUGAACCAGACGCCGCUUUUCCACAUCUUGCAUCCCAACGUCCGUCGCGGCGAGACGAGCGAUGCCAAGCAGCUGCUCGAGCACCCGAGCAUGCGCAAGGUCGUCUUGAUGAAGUGGAAGAACUUUGGCCUCGCCAACUACAUGGAGCAGCUCCUCCUCUACCUGCUCUUGCUCAUGACGAUGACGCUCUCGGUCAUCAUGGACCGCAACGUCGUUUCGCCCAAGUAUGCGCUGCAGCUGCUCAUUUGGCUCAACAUUGCGACGGCGAUUGGCGUCACGCUCGUCAUGCUGCAUCUCUUCCGGUACACGAAGCGGAUCCUCUGGGCCGUCAUGACGGCGGCCGUUCUUGGCGGCGCCCUCGCAUUUCUCAACCUCUUUAUGGGCCUUCUCCAGCGCUCGAUCCCGUGGUGCUACUUUGUGUGGGCCAACAACCUCGUGCUCGGUGCUAUGGGCGUGUACUUCCUGCGCUUUGAACUCCACGAGAUGUUUGCCGAGGUCGCUUCGCACAACCGCCGGUCGGGCCUCGACACCCCGUGGCUCCUCUCGCACCCGCGUGUCGAUCGCGCGCUCUACUACUGCAUCUACUGCCCGAUCGCGAUCGUCAUGCAGUUUGUGAGCAUGCUCCUCGGCGCAAACGAAGCCAAGUACUUUGACUCGCACUUCAACAAGGUCCAACUGCCCACGUUCAUGCUCCUGCUCGUGUAUGUGCUGCACGAGUGCUUUGCGCCCACCUCGGACCACUUUCGACUCGUGGUUGGGACGGUCCUCACGCUACUGCUCUGGGUCCUCGGCCUCCAGUACCUCGAAGUGCAUGCGACCGCCGGGUAUUUGAUCCCCAUGAUGCGCAACAUGCUCGGUGACGUCUUCAACUUUCUCGCGCUGUACCUGCCGUUCCAGUGCGCAUAUGCGUGUGCCUACUACGCCCUCUUCCAGGGCUCGGCCGCCGCCCACAUGUACGACUCGGUCGUCAAGAGCUCCGUCACCACGUACCUCGUCAUGCUCGGCGAGAUCGACUUGGAGCCGUUCGAGACGCUAGAAGACACGACGCAAUAUGUGGUCGGGUAUGUCUUGCUCUUGAGUCACGCCACCAUUGUGAUCGUCAUGUUGCUGAACGUGCUCAUUGCCAUGAUGGCCAAGACCGUCGACGGCGGUCUCGAUUCCGCCAAGCUCGAGGCGCUCGUGAGCUUCGCCGAGUGUGUUCUCCGGAGUGAAAUGACCCAAGGCCUUCGCGUGGUUUCCGCCAACGACGACUCGGACGCCGCCCUCCUCUUGCAAGAAGAGAGCUCGGAUAUGGCAUCCGACGAGCCCGAGUUUUGCCUCGAUGGACCGUCUGCGGCCGAAAGCCUCACCGAUUUGAAGAAGGACAUGGCGGUGAUGCAAGCCAAGAUGAACGAGAUGCUCGCGCUACUGCAUACGAUGCAAGCUCGCCAGACCACGUACCGCUAAGAAGUGAUUUUGUAGCCUUUUGCUCACUAGAAUGGACGCGUUGCUUUGCGUAUACUAG